AUGUUGCAAACUGUUAUUGCCAUUGUUGCUUCACAAAACUGGUCUCUUUAUCAAACGGUUGUCAAAAAUGCUUUUCUCCAUGGUGAUCUCAAAGAAGAUAUUUACAUACAACCUCCACAUUGUUUGUUCUUAUCGCCUACAUUAGAUAGCAAAUAUGAAUCAUCUUUGUUUCUUCGAAAAGCAUAUGCAUGUUGUGUUCUUCAUUUGGUGUAUGUAGAUGACAUUAUUAUCACAGGAACCGAUUCUUCACUAAACACUAGCCUCCAACAACAACUUAAAGAUUUUUUUCAUAUGAAAGAUCUUGGUACUCUUACAUAUUUUUUGGGUUCGGAAGUUCAUAAUAUUGCUUCAGGUGUGUUUCUAAACCAACACAAAUAUGCUCAAGAUCUGAUUUCUUUGGUUGGUCUUCAAGAUUCCUCCUCCGUACAUACUCCAUUGGAAUUGAAUGUAAAGUAUCAUCGUGAGGAAGGCGAUAUUCUUCCUGAUCCAUCUAUGUUUCGACAAUUAGUUGGAAAUCUAAAUUAUGUUACUAUUACUCAGCCUGAUAUUUCUUUUGCAGUUCAACAAGUUAGUCAGCUUAUUCAAGCUCCCUGUCAUCUCCAUUUCGUGGCUAUUCAUCGCAUCAUUCGGUAUCUUCUAGAAGCAUCUACUCAUGGAUUAUUCUUUCCAAGUGGUUCUUCUAUUCGUCUUACUACUUUAUGUGAUUCUGACUGGGCGGGAUGUCCUGAUACUCGUCGUUCAGUCACUGGUUGGUGCAUGUUUCUUGAAGAGUCAUUGAUAUCUUGGAAGAGUAAAAAGCAAGAUCAUGUGUCAAAAUCUUCAACAGAGGCUAAAUAUCGAUCCAUGUCUACUGCUUGCUCUAAGGUUGUAUGUCUUCGUGGAUUACUUGCUGAGAUUGGAUUUUCUCAGUCUCAUCCUACUCCUCUCCAUGCUGAUAAUACAAGUUCUAUUCAAAAUUUCUACUAG